CAGCUACCGUAUUUUUUGCUCCAUAACGACGCACCUGACCAUAAGACGCGCCUAGGUUUUAGAGGAGAAAAACAACAAAAAAAAAAAAACAUUCUGAACCAAUGGACUGCAGACACAGUACAGGAGAUGGACCAGAGACUGCGGACACAGUACAGGAGAUGGACCAGAGACUGCGGACACAGUACAGGAGAUGGACCAGAGACUGCGGACACAGUACAGGAGAUGGACCAGAGACUGCGGACACAGUACAGGAGAUGGACCAGAGACUGCGGACACAGUACA